CGCGCCAUUCGUGGCCACUAGAGUAAAUUACGAGACCUUUGAGCUUAUCACGACAUCUGUAACCGAAGUGUAGUGUUCCUCCAUACUUUGAAUCAUACACACGUAACGUAGGAAAUUAGUAAUUUACUUAUAAUGGGUGCGAGAAAUCUUAAAGUGUUACAAGUGAUAUCUGGGUGGCAAGCUGUAGAGUUAAUACUAAAAUGUGUGUUCGUUGGCAUUUGGCAAAUUAUAGAGAUUUCUGUGAAAGGGUUGUGGAAAGGAGCUAGAAGGAAAGUGAAGGAUACCCCGCCGGUUGAACUGACCAUAGACUCGUCUGUUGGAACUCAUUGUUAUAUUAAAGUUAUGGGCGUCAAAUACCACUACGUGGAAACAGGCCCAAGAACAGGCCAGAAGGUCCUAAUUCUCAAAGAUGCACCCGACUCCGGCAACUUAUGGGGACCUAACUGGGCGAAUGCGGUUAGAAGACUAGCAGAAACCGAUCACCAUGUCAUGACCCUCGAUUUGAGGGGGACGGGAGGCAGUGAGGGGGGGUCGAGGAGUGAGCUGUCUCCGCCGAGGGCCGUUGAGGAGUUAUCAGCGUUGUUGAAGGCGCUUGGAGUGACGGAGAAUAGACCGGCUGUUGUAAUUGGGUUUGGAGUCGGCGGGAUGCUUGCUUGGUACCUUGUGCACUCUCGUGGCCCACUGAUCAGCAAGUUUGCAGUCAUCAACGCUCCACAUCCGAAUCUCUACUGGCAGUUCCCGCCGGCUGCCUUCUGUCACCGAGUUUUACAUUUUAUACAGAUGCCAUUGAAUAUUAACCCAUUGUACUUGCUUCAGUGGCCGCACUUCCCGGAGCGCUGGUUCGCGGAGGGCGAGCUGAACGACUGUGACGGACGCUGGGCCAGCUCGAGGGCCUGUGAUUGGACUGGCGCACUUAAUUAUAUUAGAGGAGCGGCAUGGUGGCACGUAAGACCAGGUCUCCGAACCUCAGCGCCAGCGUUACUAGUAGGCGACAAGGACAGUGCCGGCCAGUUGGUGGCGAGCGCCCAGCAUUGCACCACGUCGACACUACGGCUGGUGACGAAGCCUGAGCCCAAUAGCAAGGAGCUAGCUGUUGUGUUGCUGGAUUUUCUUAUAUCCAAAGAAAAAUUUAUAGAAGAAGUGCCAAGAGGCCUUAUGGGUCGUAUGUUUGGCGCCGUCGCCGACAGAGGACGCGAACUCACGGCAAGGUUGGUACUACCGCCUACACAAGCCUGAUAAAUGUGAAACUACCCGUAAAAGGGAGUUGGAAAAUGUCUUUUUGAAUUGUGGAAUUAGUGGAUGUGAAAUUGCUGUUUUGGUGUAAAUAAAAUUUUUAACUAUGAGUGAGAUAUGAAAAGACAUUCAUUGUGCAAUUUUAACAGUUUAUAAUUUAUGAAAAAUACAAAAAGUACAUGAGGCUGAAUAUGCUGUUAAAAUUGCACCAGAAUAUCCAGUGAGGUGUGCUCUAUUUUUAAAUGUAUUGUAAUGGAUUGCUCAAAUAUUUUUUUCAUAAAUAGCAUCAAAUUUCAGUGCCAUAAA